AAUAAAGGCCGCAGACUUUUGGAAAUCCGUCAUCCCGCUUCCGUUUCUCUGCGAGGGUUGUUCGUUUUGGGAGCGUGUCCUUUUUCGUUCUCGUUGUCAUUUCUUCUUAGAUCAGCGAAGAAGCUAUACAACGAUGGCCUUCUCAUCCUCCUUCGCUGGAUCUGCUGUUUCCUCUUCUCUGAUCCAAGCGUCUCGUUCUGACUUCUCGCCGUCCGAUUGCCGGAAGGCUUCAUGCGUCGGGCGCUCUUUGAAGCUUCAAUCUGCCAUUGUCGGAACUACUAUCUCGAGUGGGGCGUCUUCUUUACAGUUAAGGACAUCUAAAAAUCGCACCGUUCAACCCAUCAAAGCUACGGCCACUGAGGCACCUCCGACGAUCCAAAAAACUCCGAGAAGUGGGAAGACCAAGAUUGGAAUCAAUGGUUUUGGUCGAAUUGGAAGACUGGUAUUACGAAUUGCAACCUCCAGAGAUGAUGUUGAUGUUGUAGCAGUUAAUGAUCCAUUUGUUGACGCUAAGUACAUGGCUUACAUGCUCAAAUACGAUUCUACUCAUGGUAUUUUCAAUGGAACCAUCAAGGUUCUCAGUGAUUCAACCUUGGAAGUUAAUGGGAAGCAGAUCAAAGUUGCAAGCAAAAGGAACCCUGCAGAGAUUCCUUGGGGUGAUUAUGGGGCUGAAUAUGUUGUAGAGUCCUCAGGAGUUUUCACUACAAAAGAGAAGGCUUCAGCACACUUGAAGGGUGGUGCUAAGAAAGUUGUAAUCUCAGCUCCAUCAGCUGAUGCACCUAUGUAUGUCGUUGGUGUUAACGAAAAAACUUACAAGCCGACGAUAGAUAUCGUCUCCAACGCUAGUUGUACUACCAAUUGUCUUGCACCUCUCGCGAAGGUUGUUCAUGAGGAAUUUGGCAUUGUUGAAGGUCUAAUGACAACAGUGCAUGCAACCACAGCAACACAAAAGACUGUCGAUGGCCCUUCAAUGAAGGAUUGGAGAGGUGGCCGCGGUGCUGCACAAAAUAUAAUUCCUAGCUCUACUGGUGCUGCCAAGGCUGUUGGUAAAGUUCUUCCGGAGCUAAAUGGAAAGCUCACUGGAAUGGCUUUCCGUGUCCCAGCACCCAAUGUAUCUGUUGUGGACUUAACCUGCCGACUUGAAAAAAGUGCUUCAUAUGAAGAUGUAAAGGCAGCAGUAAAGUAUGCAUCCGAAGGUCCAUUGAAAGGCAUUCUUGGGUAUACCGAUGAGGAUGUUGUCUCUACUGAUUUUCUUGGUGACUCCAGAUCAAGUAUAUUUGAUGGAAAGGCUGGAAUAGGCCUCAGUGCCUCAUUCGUGAAGCUGGUGACUUGGUAUGACAAUGAAUGGGGAUACAGCACCCGAGUUCUGGACCUUAUCGAGCACAUGGCAUUGGUUUCAGCCUAAAACUAAAUGAUAGUCUUGUGAUUUUUGGUCGUAAGUAAGUUGAUUGAAGUGAGAUAGGCGUCUAUUUCUUGGAAUGCAUUCAUUCGAAUGCUGUUUAGAGCACAAGAAGCUAGAUAGAUCAUAGAGCUUGAAAUAAGGGAAUGUUUGACAUUUAAGAGCAAACUCUUCCAGUUAACCAUUCCUCUGUUUAUCCUCUGUAUUCCACUAUUUUGUUCACAUUGGUUAAUUAAAUAAUUAUAAGCAGAUAAGCACAGAUCAUUACCACUUUU